UAUUAAAUUUGAACAAGCCAUCAUCCUCCUCCUCGAUCCAAUUGUUUCGUGGAUUACAAAAUAAAAAAUUCUAUAUUUUAUCUUCUUUAUUAAUUUUCACUUUUAUCUCUAUUUUCUUUGGUUUUUUUUUUUUUUCCAUUUACCGCCUUAAAUUGGAGAGGAUUAAAUUUCGAGAAGGAAACGACGUCGUUUUGCCUCGACCGAGGCCUUCUGGGAAUAAAAUUCAGAAGCAAGGGUUUUUCCCCCAAAUCGGAGCCGUCCGACCGCCGACGCUGCAAUUGGAACUCCGAUUACUAGGGAAUGUCGUCAGUAUACAUUCUAGAACCUCCGACGAAGGGGAAGGUGAUACUGGACACGACGUACGGCCCUCUCGACAUCGAGCUGUGGCCAAAAGAGGCACCGAAAGCCGUCAGGAAUUUCGUGCAGCUCUGCCUCGAGGGUUAUUUCGAUGACACCAUCUUUCACCGCAUCAUCAAGGGCUUCCUUGCCCAGGGCGGCGACCCCACCGGCAGUGGCACAGGUGGAGAGAGUAUUUAUGGAGCUCCAUUUUCGGAUGAGUUCCAUUCACGGCUAAGAUUCAACCAUAGAGGCAUUGUUGCAUGUGCAAAUGCUGGUUCCCCUCAUUCUAAUGGGAGUCAGUUCUUCAUAUCUUUGGAUAAGUGUGAAUGGCUUGAUCGGAAAAAUACCAUUUUUGGGAAGGUGACCGGGGAUUCUAUUUUUAAUCUUCUGAGAAUAGGAGAGGUUGACACUGAUAAGGAUGAUCGGCCAUUGGAUCCACUUCCACGAAUCAAGUCGGUUGAGGUAUUAUGGAACCCAUUUGAAGAUAUAGUUCCAAGAAUAAUUGCCAGGCCUUCGACACUACCAGCAACGGAUACUGAGAACAAAGAUUCAAAGAAGAAAGCUGUGAAGAAGCUGAACUUGCUCUCAUUUGGUGAAGAAGCUGAAGAGGAAGAGAAGGAAUUGGUGGCUGUAAAGCAAAAGAUUAAGAGCAGUCAUGAUGUUUUGGAUGAUCCUCGUCUCCUGAAGCAAGAAUCGAAUUCAUCUGAUGCCAAAACAAGUAAGGAUGUCCAGAUAUCUGUUAGAGCAGCUCUAAGCUCAAAGAAAGAAGAGCCAGAGAAAGAUGUGAAAGCAGAAUUGUCUGAUUCCCUUGACCCUAGUGAUGAUGAUGAUGGUGAUGAGGCCAGUUUUGAUGCACGAAUGCGUCGACAAAUACUUAAUAGACGGAAAGAGCUUGGAGGCCUCUCAACUAAGCAAAACAUGCAAAAUGGGGGCUCUAAAUCAAAGGACAUAGACAUUUCUGCACCAAGUUCUCAUUCUGAAAGCUUUGCCAAUGACCAAACAAGAGUUGAAAAGCUGUCCCUAAAGAAGAAGGGUAUAGGUUCAGAAGCUAGAUCUGAGCUCAUGGCUAAGUCAGAUGCAGACUUGCAGCUGCUGGGUGCCGCUGAGCGAGGAAGAUUAUUACAAAAGCAGAAGAAGCGCAGAAUUCAAGGACGAGAAGAUGAUGUUUUAGCAAAACUUGAGAAGUUCAAGCAGUCGGUUUCUGCAAAACCAGUUGCCUCAAAUGAUGAGUCUGGAGGUGGUCAUAGGGAGGACUUGUCGGAUUGGGCAUCAGCUCGGUUAAAGUUUGCUCCUGAUAUCAAGGAUGGUAUGUCUCGCAAGGAUGACCCAAACGACUUCGUUGUGGUUGACCCUCUUUUGGAGAAAGGAAAGGAAAAAUUCAACCGGAUGCAAGCCAAGCAAAAGCGAAGAGAACGAGAAUGGGCUGGCAAAUCUCUCACAUAACCCAUUAAGCACCAAUGACUUCCCAUUAGUUGGUUCCCAUGUUGGUUUGGCUGUACACACCGAUUAUUUUAUACACCGCCGGAGUCCCAAAAAAGAAGGAUGCAUAGAAGAAGGGUAGUUCUUUCAUCUUGGCAGGCACUAUGAAGAGCAAAAGACAACUCUAUACUGGUAUUAAGUUCCUUUUUCACUGGUAUUUUACCUUUGAACUUAUUGUAUUAAUCUGGAAGCACAAAUUGUACAUACUUUUCUCUGCUGAACGUGUCCAAAUGGGGGAAUGUUGUAGAAAUCAAAUUCCAUGACCAAAAACACUAGGAAUAUAUUCAAUUCAAGAGA